AAUUGGUCAUUGACAUUCUAUCCUUAAUUCAUUUGCAGCAAAGAACUUAUGUAUCAGCAAGUUCUUAGCCGUUUUGGCCAUUUUAAUGCCAUUCAACUAAGUGAUCCAGUCCCUUUGAAAGACUUAAUUAUAUUGGCACUGAAGGAAGAGGAUGUAGAUUCAGAAUGUAAUGAUGACGACAGCUUAAAAGAGAAGAUUGCAGAAAUGAACACAGAACUACUGAAACAAAAGGCCGAAAUGCUGGAGGAGUAUUUCCGCAUUCAUAUUGAUGAACAUGGAAAUGUCUCUAGACUUCCUGUGAUACUUGACCAGUACACUCCUGACAUGGAUCGCGUCCCUGAGUUUGCUCUUUGCUUGGGCAAUGAUGUUGAUUGGGAAGAGGAAAAGAAUUGCAUUCAAGCAGUUUCAGCUGCUCUAGGAAAUUUCUAUGCUAUGCAUCCACUGAUGUUGCCCAAUCCGUCUGGUGAAGGCUCGCUUUUUUACAAGAAGCGAAAACUGAUAGAUGGUAUUGCUGAAGAGAAUACCUGUGAUAGUACUGGUAUGAACUUAUGCUUAUUACUUUCUGGAUCAUUCACACCCACAUGUACUCACAUAUCCUCAUUUGUCACUGCAUAGGCACACUUGUAUUGUAAAAAGUUA